ACGGCUUUCCGUACUCUGGUGAUGUCACCGCUGUCCAGUAUUUUGUAUUGUUUUGGCGGGGUUUGCCACUUCGCCCGUUUCGGAUGUUCGGUUCAUUUUGUAAACAUUAGCUUUCCACCUACGAAAUAUGGAGCGUGGAAGGAUGAGUCGAGCAGCAAGCAGCAGGCUGUCGGAGCUGCCAAUGAGAGUGCAGGACAGCAACAGGAUGAGCAUGGUGUACACAACACCCAAGAGUAAACAGCCUUCCUUUGGAAAGCUCAACAUACCCAAACCAACGUCUGUGAACUCUGAAAGGAGGACCAGUUUCUUUAGUUCCAGGACUAGUGGAGCCGGCAUGCCUCGCAACAGCACUAUGGCAGGGUUUGGAGGAAGUGAGAAAAUCAAAGACACCAGACCUCUGCAUGAUAAAUCCUUUGUUCAGCAAUGUAUCAGACAGCUGCAUGAGUUCCUGACAGAUCAGGGUUACCCAGGCACUUUGUCAGCCAAGACCCUCCAGUCUCCGUCUACCAAGGAGUUUGUGAAGGUGUUUGAGUUCAUUUACCGUCAGCUGGACCCGACCUUUGAGAUGCCUAAUGUAAAAGUUGAGGAGGAGGUUCCAGCUAUGCUCAAAGCCCUGAGGUAUCCAUUUGUUCUCUCCAAGUCUUCAAUGUAUUCUGUCGGAGCUCCCCACACCUGGCCUCAGGCCCUGGGUGCUCUCAUGUGGCUAAUUGACCAAGUCAAGAUAAACUGGAGUUUGAGUAAGCAGAACCUGCUGCUCAGCGACUUCUGUGAGGACAGCGAUGAUAUCGAGGAAGGCGCUGAGUACAACAAGCUCCUCCUGGACUACACAGCUGAGGCCUACUCCAAGUUCAUGCAGGGUGAAGACACAUUUGACGAUGUGGAUGAUUCGUACCUCAGUAAACUAAAGAAACUUUAUAAUGUUGAUGAAGCCAUGCUGAACACGAUGGAGGAAAAGCACAGAAUACUCAGUGAUGAGGUCGAACGACUUGAGAAGGAGAGCCAGACGGACCGUCUGAUGACCAAGAGGAUGGAAAGGGUGAAGCUGCAGGCGGACCUCAAGAAACUCCAGAGUUAUCGCAGCAGCCUGGAGUCCUUUAAAGCCAACCUGGAGAACAAAGCUUCAGAACUGAGCGAUGAGCUGGAGACCACUGGGAGCCAUAUGGAGUCACUCAAACACGAGCAAAAUGAGCUGCAAUGCCUCCUGAAAAACCAGAAGUUUACUCCAGCAGAUGUCGAGAGGAUCAACAGAGAGAAGAGGGAACUCCAACAGACCAUCUCCAGUCUCACCAAGUCUCUGGAAGAUGCUGAACAGCACAAGUGGAAUGAGGAGAUUGCUCUGGCCAAAGUGAAUGAGAAGGUGGAGUUGAAGGUAGCAGAGUACCACAAGCUGGCACGUAAACUGAAGCUGAUGCCACUGUCGGCAGAGAACGCUGGUGGUCAUGAUUUCGAGAUCAGGCCGUUUGAAUGUGGACCCGGCAGCAUGGUUCAGCAUAAAACGCAGAGACAGAUGCUCCUGAGAAAGCUGGUCAGUGACGUGGAGGAGGAGAACGCUAGAUUAGCCAACAUGAAGCUCAGUCUGGAGGAGUCUUGUGAACAGGUGAAUUCUAACAUCUUGGACAAGUCCAAUGACCUGAAGCAGCUGAGAGAGCAGAUUCGCAAGCUGGAUGAACGAUUGGAUUCUGACAUGCAGGAGCUGGCCCAAGAAGAAAAGGAUUGGGCAGCAGAGAAGGAGUCAGUGGAAAACCAUCGUAAGCUCCUUGAGAAGAAGAUCAAUUAUGGUUACGACGAUGCCGUGCAACAACUGAAGACAGCACAACAACAGUACCACCUGGUGCUGCAGGAGACCAACGAGGAGAGAAGAACAGUAGCCAACAACCUUGCGUCUGUAUUUACCACAGCUACAGACCACUUGGCAGUCACAGAGAAGUGUCUGGAGGAUUUGCACAGCAGAGUGCAGCGAGCCUGCUCUAAGGCUGUAGAGGAAGAUGAAGGUGCCAUACAGAAGCUGAAGGAGACUUUGAGGAGCUUCACGUCCAAGGCAAACAGUUUGUAAAGUGAGGCAGGGCAGGAUUUCUUAUUCACUAUCUUUAUUGUGCUGAUGUUCAUAUACAGAGGUACACACAGAUACACAAACCGCCUUACUAGCCGUUUGGGGGGAUUUCAGCGAUGCUUUAUUGUCAGUUUGAUUCCCGAUCGCCCCCAGUUUUAUUUUUACAAGAAUAUAAGAAAAGAAACGUACUUUCACUCAUUUGUUCUGAACAAAUUUUGGACAUGUAUCAUAUUACUAUGUACUUAGAUUAACAAAACAGAAAAAAAUAGUCACUGUCAGUUUACUUUUUGAUAAAUUAUUUUGUUUUUAAAUACAACAGCAGCGUGUUUUCACAGAUACAUUGUAAUUACAGUGCACAUGUUCUGUCAGUUAUCUGGUAUUUACACACUCCAGAUUCCCAUGUGUCUGUCUUUCUGUGUCAUUCUAUACUUACACUUCACUGUUUUUUUUUUAAAUAAUAAACUAAUAUGAAAAAACAACAAUAACAACUUUAAAGCCAAGAAUUUUUUUUAACACAUUGUAAUACAUGCCAGAAAAAGAAGAAAAACAUGGUUAAAGAUAUUAUUUGUUAACUCUCCUUGUUUGUGGUGGCUUUGAAGGAUACAUCAUGGUCAUGCUGCAGCUUAUUAAAUUGUUGUGUUGUACUGACGCCACUAGAGGGCAGCACACACCUCUGGUUGAUAAAACUUGAGUGUUCAGGUUGCUAUCGAUUAACAUUUUUUCUGGGAACUCAUUUCCAAACAUCUGAAUGUUACUGUUUUUUUUAGUACUUGGUUUAUUAAAGUAGUCCAACAUUAACAAAAACUUUGUAACUCUUGGGAGUUACAAGCGGAGGGGAGGAACAAGCACCAAAUAUAGUGGUGUUUAGUUGUUUUUGUAGGCUGAAUGUCUUGAUUGCAGCGGGCGUCUACAGCAGCCAAUACCACUGUUUGUUGUCAAAGGUUAGUCAAAGAAAUGCAAGUGCUCACUGACUCUGCAGCUGGAGUCAAUACAACAUUCCUGCAGCUCUGCCAUCAGGCUAAAUUUAAUCCAACUUUAUACUUGCAUGACUACGCAUCUGUAAAUUUGAGCUGUUUAAUUUAGCUGAUAGUAAAGGUUUCGUCAGACACAGGUCUGCUUUGUUGAUGCGGUCUGGAUAAUAUGUGAAAAUGAAUGUGUUUUAGACACAAUGACUGUUAUGUGUUAUCCCAAUUAUCUGAGUUUGAAUUUAGAUAUUGGUUCAGACAAACAAUGGUUACAAAAGAAAUGGCAGACAUAGUUUCCAUUUGUGCCGGUCUCAUUUAUCCUAUUUUUAUUAAACACAUUAGAGCAUUUAAGUUCCACAUAUCAGCCAAACCCCAGAAAACUGACUGACUCAUUAGUAAAUGAAGCGUUUAUUUUAGGAGUUUUCUCCACUUCUGGCAGGAACAUUUAUUGCAAAUGAUUUGGCCGAGGCAAAGCUGGCAGUCAGGAUGCAAACAGGGAUUGGGCCACAUCUCUCCACAAUGCUUUCUCCAUGUCACUGACAACAUCUCUCUUUGUACCUGUUUCCAAUGAACUCUGCAUGCCUGGCCUGCAGUAUUAGUGGUUUUUUUUUGCAUCUAUAUCCAGUCCAGAGAUUCAUUCCAGAUAUCCUGUGGCAAUCCAUACACAAUUCAAACCACAAUUUGGGUUUACUUAAGGUUUUCAAAGAAAUAUUUUCCAUUUAUAUUCUAUAAUAUCAGCCCUGAUUCAAUGUUUGUCAGACUGUCUUAUGAAACUUUAAGGUUCACAGCCUUUUUUUUACAGGA